GUUCUGGAUUUCAAACACUUACAACUGUUGUGCAUAUGUAUAUAGAUCUCUUUCUCAUACAAUCCCCUGUUCGGUCUUGAAAUCACAUCGGUCUCAAGUUUGACCCCCGACCCGCUCCACAUUCGCCUCCUCGCAAAGGUCGAGUCAGGUAUCAGCCAACGUGUCGCGCUCCAUGUAUUCAUCUCCAUUUUGAUAUCUACCUCGCUCUACACUACACUUUCUUUCUUCCUCGACGUCAACCUCUAGUCUACAUUACUCUAACUGCCGCCGACUGUACCCUUGAAGUCUGUUCAACCGCUCACAUUCAACUUGACUCAAGCUCACUCGAUCGCCUGCUUUCAUCCGUCACAUAGGACGUCACCAUCCCGCGAAACCUACCAGACUUCUCGUCACGUAUCCUAGCUUUCCCCUAUCGUAACAGAUCGAGGCAACCCUCCGCACCAUCAGAUCUACCCGCCCGCGAAUAAACGAACCACCAAUAUCUGGAUUCUGCUAGGAAUACGACACCAAGCCGAUAUCAACAUGUUGGAAAGUAUACAUAAAACAAGGACCCGUCGACGACAAUUCGCCCUGAUAGCUAUCACUACAGCCAUCUUUGGAUUGUACGCGACCAUUCACUUAGGUGGCGGAGACGCUUAUAUCGCUUUAUCCCCAAUAUCGAAAUCGGUACAGAACGGCGUUGAGACAGGAUCUAAACUGGGGAUAGGGGGAGAGGGGGGAAGAUGUAAAGCUAUCGAUUAUGUGUUAGGUAAAUGGGAAAAUGGGACUCAGUUGAAGGAUGAACAGGAUGUAAUUGAGAGUUACGGUUAUUCUUCAUGGAGAGAUCAAGAUUGUUGGCCACCGAGAUUUGAUAAACAACAAGAUACAGAUUUCUCUCCAGCGGACAGAUUACAUCAAGCUUUGAAAAGCGCUUCACCGAUGUUCAUACCUAGGAACGGUUGUCAUUUUGCGGAUUUGAAUUUGGAACGGAUGAUUGUGUUGAUGUUACGGAUGCCUGCUGGUAUGGCAGGCGAUUCCAUCUCAGGUCAAUUCCAAUUAGCCCUAAACAACCUCCUCAUAGGUCCUUCAUCCCCUGCUAUAUUCUCCGAACCGACUUGUCAAAGACGUACCAUCUCCCUUGAUCCUUCUCAUCCUCUCAUACCAUCUCUCCUUCAAUCAGCAGGUGUAACAGAAUCACGUCUAUCUUAUCCAAUAAUGACUUGGUAUCGGACCGUACAUUUGGUAGAUACGGAUGAACUUGUCGUCGCCUUUAACGGAUCUUCAAAACAUGUAUUGAGACCAGAUAUUUGCGUUUGGUUUGAUUGGUUUGAUCGGAUGAGUGAAACUAUCCGACAGGCGUUAGGGGAGAAAAAGAAGGAUAUGGGGAAAGGUUGGGGGACUGAACCUACUGUUUUGGUUGUUGAUACUGGGCCUCAUUGGAAUACUGGGGCUUUAGGUGAGGGGUUGAAUGAUGAGGAGAUGAUGGAGGCUUUUGGACAUAUGGUAACAAUGAUGGAUCGUAAAAUGCGUAAUGUACCUUGGCCAAUGGCUUCAUAUUGGCGUACCACCUCUCCUGGUCAUGUAGGUUGUGCUAUGUCACCACAAUAUCCGGGACACUCUAUGUUCAAUUGGCACCUGUUCCCGAGGAUGAAUGACCUCAUUCGUCAAAUAGCAAUCUAUGAUCGUUCACCUUCAACUUUCUUACGUCUUUCACAGAAAUGGCUAUUCUCUUCAGCUUGGGAAUGGGUCAGACCAUCUAAUCCACCUAUACGUCUAGUGGAUGUAUAUGACCUCAGUCUGAAAAGACCCGAUGCGCAUUUAAGACCAGGAGCGGACUGUUUACAUUAUUGUAUUUCUGGUGUACCUGAUGUAUGGCAACGGAUGCUUUGGACUUUUAUAUUCGAAGAAUCGUAUAGUUUAUAA